AUGCGCCGCCCCCACGCCCUCCCCCUCCUCCCCCUCUUCACCCCGGCCGCCCUCGCCGCCCCGCAAGUCCUCGGCCCCCUAACCGACCUCCUCGGCACCAUCAUCGGCGGCGCGGGCUUCGUCGACACGACGCUCGGCACUAUCGCAGGCGCCGCCGGCGUAACCGCAUCGUUCGACUACGUCGUAGUCGGGGGCGGGACGGCGGGCAACGUGGUCGGGGUGCGGCUGGCCGAGGCGGGCCACACGGUGGCCGUCGUCGAGGCGGGCGGCUACUACCAGAUCUCGAAGCCGCUGCUGACGACGGCGCCGGCGGGCGACGUGUUCAACAUCGGGAUGGACAUGUCGGAUGCCGUGUCGCUCGUCGACUGGAAGUUUGAGACGGAGCCGCAGGCGGGCGCGGAUGGGAGGACGUUUCAUUAUGCGCGCGGGAAGUGUCUUGGUGGGAGCUCGGCGUUGAAUUUCAUGAUUUACCAGAGAGGAACACAGCAGUGCUACGACGAAUGGGCUGAACUCCUCGGCGACGACAGCUGGAGCUGGGCGAACACGCAGUCACACUUCCAAAACAGCUUCACCUUCACCGCGCCCGACGACGCCAAGCGCGGCUCCAACGUUACGACGUCCUACAACGCCGACGCCUUCGCCGCCAGCACCUCUGGCCCCGUGCAGGUCGGCUACUCCAACUUCGUCAGCGCGGCGGCGACGUGGCUGGAGAAGGGCAUGGAGGCCGUCGGCAUCAAGACCAUCACCGACUUCAACAGCGGCAGCCUGCUGGGCAAGCAGUGGCUGUCGACAACGAUCCGGCCCACCGACGCGACGCGCAGCGGCUCCGACCAGUUCAUCACCAGCGCCGCGUCCAACAGCAACCUCAAGGUUUACCUGCGCACCCUGGCCAAGAAAAUCAUCUUCGACUCCUCCAAGAAAGCCACGGGCGUCCAGGUCGAGACGGCAGGCGUGACGUACACGCUCAACGCAACCAAAGAAGUCAUCGUGUCGGCCGGCGCCUUCCAGUCGCCGCAGCUGCUCAUGGUGUCGGGCGUCGGCCCCGCCGCGCAUCUCCAAAGCUUCGGCAUCGACGUCGUCAAGGACCUCCCCGGCGUUGGCCAGAACAUGUGGGACCACAUCAUGUUCGGCCCGUCGUACGAGGUCGGCCUGACGACACUGAACCGCGUCAUCCGCGACCCGCUGUACGCCGCCACGCGCCUCGCCGACUACAUAGCCACCCAGACGGGCGAGCUGGCCUCCAACGUCGUCGAGUUCCUCGGCUGGGAGAAGCUGUCGCAGGUUGACGGCUACGCCGACGGCUUCUCCGACGAGGCCAAGGCGCAGCUGGCACAGUUCACUGACGACUGGCCCGAGGCGGAGUGGCUCACCAUAAACGCCUACAUCGAAAACUUCCUCAACCCGGUCGCCGACGUCGCCGCGCAAACCGCCCAACACGCCACCAUCCUCGGCGCCAUCGUCGCGCCCACCUCGCGCGGCAACGUCACCCUGUCCUCCGCCUCGACUUCCGACCUGCCGCUCGUCAACCCGAACUGGCUGACGACAACCUCCGACAUCGAGCUCGCCGUCGCCAUGUACAAGCGCAUGCGCGAGAUCUGGGCGUCGGACGCCAUGGCGAGCGUCGUCAUCGGCGACGAAUUCUACCCGGGCACUGACGCCGUCAGCACGGACGACGAGAUACUCGCGCAGAUCAAGAAGAGCCUGACGACCGUGUGGCACGCGUCGUGCACGUGUAAGAUGGGCGCCGAGGAUGAUGAGGGCGCGGUGCUGGAUUCGAAGGCCCGCGUGUAUGGUGUGGAGGGGUUGAGGGUCGUGGAUGCGAGUAGCUUCCCGACGCUGCCGCCGGGACAUCCGCAGAGUACUGUUUAUAUGAUUGCGGAGAAGAUCGCUGCUGAUAUCAUCAACGGAGCGUAA